UAUUGCUUUGGUAGUUCAUGUUGUUGCUUUACAGGUCCCUCUGAGAGAGCUGGUGAGCUACUUGACUGCAGCCAGCGCUCUCCAGAUGAGCCAGGUGGUGGACAAAUGCACAGAAGCGGUCUCCCUUUACCUCAGUCCCACUCUUGCAUUUUUAAAACAGAAUCCAAGCAGAAGCUGGCUGGAUUCCAGCUGCGAUGAUCAGAAGGAAAAGGAUGAAGUCCAGUCCAGAAAUCAAGAGGUAAAGGAAGGGCGAGUGUCCCCGACUCAGCCAAAGCUGAAAGCGAGCCAACAAGCGGAGGCAGUUGGACAAAAACAAAGAGAGCCGAAAGAGAAAAUGAAGUUAACUGAAAUAGUCCUGGAGUCUGACAAAAUUUCCAAGAUCAGAGGUGAUACAAGUCAUGAAGAACUACCAGAAAGCCCUCAAAAACCACAAGAAGAGGAGGAGGGAAAUGUAUACUCACUGAUAGAACAACUUCAACCAGAUGAAGAUAAAACUGACUCGACUUUGUUAACCCACCCAGGAGAACAGGUGACAAAAAGUCACAUGACUGCAGAAGAUGUCUCAGAGCAUUCAGAAAACGCCUCAGUUCAGAGACCAUACCUGUGCAGAAAGUGCGACAAAGUCUUUCAACACCUCGAGAGCUACAUGGACCAUGUGAAGGAGAGCAAAGAGUAUUUCUGUUUGGUCUGCAAGAAAAGCUUUUCAGGGAGGGCACACUUGACUCGGCACAUUUGCACCUACACCGCUGCCAAGCCCUUCCGAUGUCCGCUCUGUCACAAGACGUUUACGAAGAAAGCUUUGCUGCAAGAUCACUUCCACCUGCACACAAGGGAGACACCAUGAAAGUGUGCUCUGCACCUCGCACUUAAAUGAAAUUUAGGAGCAUCGUGCAUCAGACAAGCUUGAGGAGCAGUAGCUUUUUGCAGAAAACUUUGAUCAUAUUGAUACUUUUAUUGUUUUUUUUCAUUCAUUUUCUUAUGCAUCAUUCUGGAUGUUGCUGCUGAUCGUAUACUUGAUUUAAAGUUUUGAUGAGAGCAUGCAUAAAAUAUGGUAGAACAACAUUUCAUCUACUUUUCCGACAUGACACUUUCCUUAAUCUAUUUAUUGUUGAUGAAAUAAAGAUUUUUUCUAAAGGAUUCAGACUCUUUAGGGUCUUUAACCUUUAAGGCAAAAAAACUCGGGUCAGUUUCUUCCUGACCAAAACCAGCGAGAACAGUAAAGUCCCGCUUAAACAUUUACAAAAAUACACAUUAUUGAUGCUUUUAUGGCCAUUGAGCCAUUCAUUUAUAAAAUUAUGGCUUUUAAAUAAUAAAUUAAAUUUGUUACAUUAAUAUUACUUUUGACAGCCGCACAUACAAGCUCCUUUCAAAAUAAAAUAGAUCCAGCGUAAAAUAAGAUCCUCCUGCAGUAGAUUUAUUUGAAAUAAUUACUUGCCUCUAAACAGCAGCAAGACAUAAAAUAAAAAGUUUUAAGUUAUUCUGACAAUAGAUCAAGCUUUUUAACAUCUGACAAAUGCAUUUUGUAAGCAUGGUAAAACGCUCUGGCCCUCUUCAUCAAUUAUGUAUUUGAUAUUAUGUGUUUUAUUAUCAUUAUUUAAAGAUUAAAAAGUUAAAUAGUUUAAAAGAUUUUAAAAAGUUAUUUUUCUUUAAAGCUAAACAGAAGCAAAAAAAUGAGUAAAAAAAGCUGCAAGUAGUCAUUGACAUGAACAUUAAUCUUCUAAUAAGUUUUUAUUAACGGUUUAAGCAUGUGGCUGUUGCAGACUCCUGCUUAGAGCCUAAACUUCAUUUCUUUUACACAUAACCUCUUGCUCUAGAUAGAUCUAGAUCUAUUGGAUACGUUUGUUUUCUUUUACCAAAAUUGCUCUUAAAAAAAAAAGCAAAGCAAUAGUUUACUUUUAUAUUCUUGAAGUGUUGAAAAGGUGAUUAAUCUAAAUGUAGUCAUUUCUGUCAUAUCCAAGGUGUCUGUUUCAUACGUAAUUAGAUUUAGACAAUCAGUGUUUUGUUCUUUCAAACCACAGAAUGUGAAGCCAUUACAACAAAUCUAGUUUUUUUUUUUUUAUCGUAAUCAACAUCAGCUUAAAGUAUUUAAGGACUUAAUGAAAUUUAUUUUCCAUUGACAAUAAAAAAAACACUGGAAAUCCCAAGCUUACACCUUUACGUCUCUUUGUUUUUGCUUUUUUGACUGGAUUCCGGAAACUUCCUGGUAGAAGAUAUAACCCAUAUCUGUGUUUCUGAAUUUCUAAUGUUUUUAGCCACAUUUAGGUGAUUUUUGUUCUUCAUGUUUCUGCAAAGAAUUAUAAAACCUCCAUUAUUUAUUACCUUAUUUUAAAAAAUGGUGUCACAUUGCUUAAUUGUUUCAUGUGUGUUUUACAAACUGGGAUAAUUCCUUUAUAUGAACAAAGUAAUAAUAAACACAUCCAUUUACAAAGACUAUUUUAAUUUCUGAUGUUUUCUCAGUAACUCAUUGACUUCCUAAAAGGGAACUUUGGUUGACAAUGGGUGCUCCAUAUUCAUAUCCUUCCUCCGUGGACUGCUGUACUGUAAUGCAUUGCCUUAUUUUGUGGACUUGAAUCUACAUGUAGAACAUCAACAGUCAUAGACAGUAAAGUCAUAUUUUUGUGAUGUACAAAAACUGUUAUUUCAUCACAUGAAUAGUCAUAGCAGUCUUAUAAUUAGUUUGAUUUGAAUGUAUUUUGUGCCAUAUGAAUAAAGAUAAUUGAACUCAGCUCAUUUGAAUUGUAAAUAAAACCCAGGGUUAACUUUACCAAUUAAAACUUGUUUGAGCAUGUUAAAUUGUGAUUUACUUUCACUAUA